AUGCUACCCCUCGGGCUCCUUAACGCCGCCCAAGGGCACCCCAUGCUCGUCGAGCUGAAGAACGGCGAGACCCUCAACGGCCACCUUGUCAACUGCGACACGUGGAUGAACCUGACACUGAAGGAGGUGGUCCAGACGAGCCCUGAAGGCGACAGAUUCACACGGUUACCGGAGGCAUACGUGAAGGGAAACAAUAUCAAAUACCUGCGCGUACCCGACGAGAUCAUCGACAUCGUGAAGGAGCAACAAGCGAACCACCAGGGCGGUUUCCGGGGCGGAAGAGGCGGCCAGAACAGAGGCGACCACGGCGGAAGGGGCGGGGACCGGGGCGGCCUCGAUGAAAAGAAGGUCUUAAAGCGCCAAGUCGCUCCUGACUGGCUUGAGCAGGAGGAACCCAGGGAACAUUCCUUGGAGAGUGCGCCUGCCAGUCCGACAGACGAGAGCAAGUCGCACACAGACAACUCAUCAAAGCCCCUGGUUGAACCGACACUCCCGAACAAGCAUGCCGAACACUUCGACACCGCGGUGGCAUCCAGCGAUGCCUUGGAAAGCCAAGAGGGUCCGAAAGACAUGGUCAAUCGGCUCAUCCGGGGCCGGCGGCUCGAUGAAGACAUCCCGCGCGCGACCACCGAAGAGAUAUAUGAGACGCUGCGAAAGUUGAGGACCAAGGAAAGACCGACAUACAGGAGGACUACAUCGGCCCUGGUCAAACACCUGCUCGCAACCGGGACGGCGCCGGACACCUUCCUCUACGAAACUCUGCUCAUGGCGCACGCUGCCACAGAUGGGUCUGCAGAUGCCGUCAAGGAACUGCUUCGGGAAAUGAGGCACAAGAAGCUGCCCUGGUCGUCGACGGCGUACCAUGCCGCCCUACAGGCUUUGGCGAUACACCCUGACUACCUUCUCCGCAGCACUAUCAUCAAGGAGAUGAAAGAAAGAUGGUUAGAAUUAAGCCCCGAAGGUCACCAGCACAUUGCCAUUGGGCUCCUCCGAGACGAGCAAUAUGAGCUAGCGCUGGAGAAGCUGCAUGAGAUGUAUGAAAAGGGCAUACAGAUCGAGGGCUGGGUGUACGACAUCUUUAUCUAUGUUUUUGGAAAGAUGGAGUUCCUCGACGAUGCUCUGCGGAUAGUGCGCCACAGACUUGACUGCGGCCACGAGGUUCCAGUCAACGUCUGGUACUUCCUGCUUGACGUGUGCAGCAAAGGUCAAAGCAUCGCAGCAACGAGGUAUAUCUGGAACCGUGCUGUCCAGCAGGGGGUCGUUAAUCCUUCGGAUGGUGUUGCGCUGAACGUCCUAAACAUGGCCGCGGUCUACGGAGACACGGAGCUUUGCACGCCGGUUAUCGAGUAUCUGGCGUCAAGGGGGACAAGACUCAAUCGGUACCACUACGAGGCAUUAAUCGACGCGCAUGCCGCCCAAGGGAACGUUGAAAAGGCGCUCGAGGUCUACUGCAUCAUGCACGUUGCUGGUGUGGAGGUCACCAAUUCCAGCACCGGCUCUCUCGCCUUCGCCUUGACCCGUGAUCCGUCCCUCGUCGACCAGGUUGUCCACGCCAUGUCCGGGCUACAGGGGAAGCACAGGGUGCCCGUCACCGUCUUCAACUGCGUGCUAAACGAGAUCGUCAAGGCCAACGUGAAGCAGCCCGAUGACGCGUUCGCCAAGGCCCUGGGUCUGUACCGGCGGAUCCGUGAGUUCGUCCCCGACGGACCGAACUUAGAGACCUUCAGAAACCUGCUGUGGAAGUGCACCAGACCGGAGCUCGCGCAAUUCUUUGCAGGAGAGAUGGUCCACUUCGGCAUCAAGCCGAAUCUGGUCAUCACGAAGCACAUGUACAGGAUCAACGUCGAGUUCCAGGGGCCGAGCCACAGAGCCAAGGACUACUUCUUCAAAGUUGCGCCGCACCUCAAGGCUGGGAGGGACCUCUCGAAGGGGCAGCGAAAGGCGGAGGUCAUGGACCUAUCCGUCAAGCUCAUCAAGAGACUGAUUGUUGAACGGGACCCGGAGGCAUGGCGUAUAUUGGACAUCUGCAAGAGGAAUGGCCUGGAGGAGGGGACGAUCAAUGCAUUGCGUGCGGAGGUCGAGGCUGGGACGAUCACGGGAGCCGAUGCCUCCUCUCGGAAUGGGGCGGUCGAUCAAGACACAGACUUGGGCCCAGGGGACAGUGCGCAGCUGUCCGUGUGA